AUGGAAGGUCAGAUCUGGUUUUUGCCUCGCUCCCUUCAACUCAGUAGUUUCCAGGCUUACAAGCUAAGGGUAACGCAUCUGUACCAGCUGAAGCAGCACAGUAUCUUGGUUUCUGUGGGUGAGGAUGAAGAGGGCAUUAACCCCUUGGUUAAGGUCUGGAACCUGGAGAAGCGAGAUGGUGGCAAUCCUCUUUGCACACGAAUUUUUCCAGCAAUACCAGGUAACAAGCCCACAGUUGUAUCCUGCCUCACUGUCCACGAGAAUCUUAAUUUCAUGGCAAUCGGUUUUGCAGAUGGGAGCGUGGUACUUACAAAAGGAGACAUCACUCGAGACCGGCAUAGUAAGACCCAGAUCCUCCAUGAAGGCAGUUACCCUGUUACUGGCCUUGCUUUCCGACAGUCUGGCAAAACAACGCAUCUGUUUGUGGUUACCACAGAGAACAUCCAGUCUUAUAUGCUUUCAGCAAAAGACUAUCCUCACCUGGAGCUGGACACUCACGGUUGUGGACUGCGCUGCUCGUCUCUCAGUGACCCAUCCCAGGAUCUCCAGUUCAUUGUGGCAGGAAAUGAAUGUGUGUACCUUUAUCAGCCAGACGAACGUGGCCCCUGCUUUGCCUUUGAGGGACAAAAGCUGAUUGUUCACUGGUAUCGGGGGUACCUCAUCAUUGUCUCCAAGGACCGAAAGACUUCUCCAAAGUCAGAGUUUGCUGGGAAUGAGGCACAGAACUCGGACAAACAAGUCUUGAAUAUCUAUGACUUGUGCAACAAAUUCAUUGCGUACAGCUCAAUCUUUGAUGAUGUAGUGGAUGUUUUAGCAGAGUGGGGUUCUCUGUAUGUACUGACCAGAGAUGGGAAGAUUCAUGUGCUGCAGGAGAAGGAUACGCAAACCAAACUUGAGAUGCUAUUCAGAAAGAACUUAUUUGAAAUGGCCAUUAACCUGGCCAAGAGCCACCACUUGGACAGCGAUGGCUUGUCAGAGAUUUUCCGGCAGUAUGGAGAUCACCUGUAUAACAAGGGGAACCAUGACGGGGCCAUCCAGCAGUAUAUCCGAACUAUAGGGAAGUUGGAACCAUCUUAUGUUAUUCGGAAAUUCCUGGAUGCUCAGCGUAUCCACAACCUCACCGCUUACCUGCAGACUCUCCACCUGCAGUCCCUGGCCAAUGCAGACCAUACUACGCUGCUGCUGAAUUGCUAUACCAAGCUCAAAGACAGCUCCAAACUGGAAGAGUUCAUCAAGACGAGCGAGGGUGAGGUCUGCUUCGAUGUGGAAACAGCGAUCAAGGUGCUUCGUCAGGCGGGUUACUACUCCCACGCUGUGUACCUAGCAGAGAAGCACAUGCAUCAUGAAUGGUACCUCAAAAUCCAGCUAGAGGAUAUCAAGAACUACCAAGAGGCUCUGCACUACAUUGGAAAACUGCCUUUUGAGCAAGCAGAGAGCAACAUGAAGCGGUAUGGAAAAAUCCUGAUGCACCAUGUCCCUAACGAGACCACAGAAUUGCUGAAGGUCCUUUGCACUGAUUACCGGCCACUGGGAGACAGUGAAGGCCCUGGGAUGCUGGAAGGAAGAAAGGCUAAUUCGGAGGAGUUCAUUCCGGUCUUUGCAAAUAACUCCCGAGAACUGAAGGCUUUUCUGGAGCACAUGACUGAGGUGCAGGCUGACUCUCCACAGGGUGUCUACGACACUCUAAUGGAACUUCGACUCCAGAACUGGGCACAUGAACAAGAUGAGCAGAUCAAGGAGAAGCUGCACAAUGAAGCCCUCACCCUCCUGAAGAGCGGAAGGUUUAAAACAGUCUUUGAUAAGGCCUUGGUCUUAUGUCAGAUGCACAAUUUCAAGGAUGGUGUCCUCUACCUCUACGAGCAGGGCAAACUUUUCCAACAGAUCAUGCACUACCACAUGCAGAAUGAGCAGUACAAGAAGGUGAUCGAGGUGUGCGAGCUGUACGGAGACCAAGAGGCUUGUCUGUGGGAACAGGCUCUUGGCUACUUUGCACGGAAGGAGGAGGACUGCAAAGAGUAUAUUGCUGCAGUGCUGAAACACAUCGAGAACAAGAAUCUUAUGCCUCCGCUGCUUGUUGUGCAGACGCUGGCUCAUAACUCCACAGCCACACUGUCUGUGAUUAAGGAUUAUCUUGUCAACAAGCUGCAGAAGCAGAGCCGCCAGAUAGAGCAGGAUGAGCAGAGAAUUCACAAAUACCGAGAAGAAACGACAAGGAUCCGCCAGGAGAUUGAGGAGCUAAAAGCAAGGCCCAAGAUCUUUCAGAAGACCAAGUGUAGCAUUUGCACCAGUGCCCUCGAGCUGCCUUCAGUCCACUUCCUGUGCGGUCAUUCCUUCCAUCAGCAUUGCUUUGAAAGCUACUCAGAGAGUGACUCGGAAUGUCCUACGUGCAUGCCAGAAAAUCGCAAAGUGAUGGACAUGAUCCGAGCCCAGGAGCAGAAGCGAGAUCUGCACGACCAGUUUCAGCAUCAGCUCAAGUGUUCCAACGAUGGCUUUUCUGUUGUUGCCGACUACUUCGGUCGCGGCGUCUUCAAUAAGCUUACGCUCAUCACGGACUUGCCCUCGGGAAGGGCAGCGACGCUUGAGGCCGGCCUGCAGCGGGACCUGCUCAUGCACACCAAGCGCAGCACCUGA